AAGUUUAUUAUGUCUCCUCCAGCGUUGAUUGUGUUAGAAGAUGGUCUAACCAACAAAUGGAGCAACGACGAGUGGCAGCGUCUCAGCGUUUUCCCCGGAGAAAACCCUAACCCUACUUUCAAUUUCUUAGUGAAGAACCAGCUGACAGUUUCACCGGUUCUCUCCCGCCCAUCUGUGAAAGAUGAAAGCUUCAGAAUGGUCUUACCUCUGGCUAUGUCUCCGCCAAGAGACAACGCCGUGCCGCUUCCUGUUCUUCCCGAGCCGAUGAUGAAGCCACGUAAGAAGCUUGGCACCCAAGAAUCCAUGCUUUCUGUUGGAAAAGCUAGGUAUCCCGUAAAAAAAUUUAUCCAUGAAGAUGAAGAAGAGUUCAAAUGCAACGCCUUCUGUUUAUCCCUCCCUGGAUUUGGCAAGCAAAAACAUGUGAGGUCACCGAAAAGCAGCGAUGAUUCUUCUGUAAAGAAGAAGAAGAUGACCAAAGCGUCAUCGUUUUCAAACUCCACAAUCUCCCUAGGUGACUCGUUUGAGAAAUUCGAAUGUGGCUCAUGGGCUUCAACAACAACUGCUCUUGCCCGAGAAAACAACCGGUUGUACUUUGAUCUACCAGUGGAGAUGAUCAAAUCUGGCCGUGGAAGCGGCAGAGAGGUCCAAGAACCAAUGAGUUUGGGUUUCUUCUUCGACAAGGAAAGAGAAAGUUUACCUUUGAGAAGUGUUCUAAAGACUUCUCGGUCGGAAAGGCAACAAAGGGGUUGUUCGGCUGAGACAUCACCGCAUCGCCGUGUCAGGUUUUCAACCACGACCUCGGUUUCAUGCCCUACUUCACCGCGGUCGUGUAUCACCCCACGCUUGCUUAAAGCUAGAGAUGACUUCAACACGUUCUUAGCAGCACAGAACGCGUGAAGAACUUAAGAAAACAUAGCGCUAUAAUAAGACUUACUAUAAUAUAUGUUCGUAUCUACAAGUAACCGGUAUGUAUAUAACAAUGA